AGCUCAGUGAACAAAAGAACAUACCCCAUGGCUCAAGCGGGCAACACCGUGACAACAUUCGAAUCCCAAUACAGCCGUCCACAAUCUAGUAGCACGAAUAUCAUAAAAGUCUGUUAUCCAGAAAAACAAAAUGAAAGUCGAAAAGAAGAUGAUGCGGUGCUGUAAGACGUCCAGAGUUUGUGUGAGAAUCCUGUAAAGAGGCACACGGCUACUUGUAGGGCAGGCUUUGAAUCAUUUUACGAAGGAGCUAAAGAGCACAGUGGCCAGAGGCGGAAGGGAAAGACAAAGAGAAAGAUCAACAAGAAAGGAGGCAGCGAGCUGGGAGGUCAUGGCGCCGGCUGAUCUCCCGCCUGGCUUUAGGUUCCAUCCAACUGAUGAGGAGCUUGUGAACUAUUACCUCAAGAGGAAGGUCCAUGGGCUCAGCAUCGAGCUCGACAUAAUCCCUGAAGUAGACCUCUACAAAUGUGAGCCUUGGGAGCUGGCAGAGAAAUCAUUCCUGCCUAGCAGAGAUCCUGAGUGGUACUUCUUUGGGCCAAGGGAUAGGAAGUACCCGAAUGGAUGCCGCACAAAUCGCGCAACCCGAGCAGGAUACUGGAAGUCGACUGGCAAAGAUCGUAGGAUUAACUACCAGAACAGAUCAAUUGGUAUGAAGAAGACAUUGGUCUACUACAAGGGUCGAGCUCCUCAGGGGCUCAGGACCAACUGGGUGAUGCAUGAGUAUCGCAUUGAGGAAAGCGAAUGCGAGAACACCAUGGGUAUUCAGGACUUGUAUGCACUGUGUCGGGUUUUCAAGAAAAAUGUGGCGUUCGGCGAAUUUGAUAAGCAAGGCGAGUGCAGCUCAUCACAGGCUAAAGGAAAUCAAGAACAACCUACGAACUUCGGGGAUGUUGGACAGUCAUCAGGUUCAAAUGAGCCUGAUAAAGACAACUCAUGGAUGCAGUUCAUAGCUGAUGAUUUGUGGUGCAACAAAACAAAGUAAUGAAAUUGACAAGACAAAUGUUUAACUUCAUCUAACUAGAAAUUCAAAUUUCGUUAUCAGUUGCACUUUGACUUUGUAUAUGUUUGAUAACAACACUCCUCACUUCGGAGUUUGGACAGGAUGACCAUCUAAGUGACUCUGACUCUUCGUGUAGGGUUAUACUUUUGCUCUUUUCGUGCUGUAAUAGAAUAACUUCCUACUUUGUACUUCAAGCUUCAGUUUUCUUUUCCUGUAUCUAUCAUCAAACACAGUGAUUUAUAGUGAAAAAAAGUAUAAUAUAAAAGCAGAAUCUGAUU